GAAAAACUGAGUCCGGAAAUAGGAUCUAUUUUUAUUCUGUCUGGUUACGGUAUGUGAGAAAGACUUGUACGGGAAGGGAAGAAGAAACCUUAGACGUGAGGGAGCGAUUGAAAGACUGGUGUUGUCAGGUGACACAGAACGUUUGAAGACUUGCAACGUUUUCUCAAACUCCGGCUUCUCCGCUGGCUCUGAAAACCUUUCUCUAGCGGCUAUCGUUGCUUCGACCUGUUACAGGAUGUCUGGACAGAGCAUUACAGACAGGAUAACCGCCGCACAGCACAGUGUCACCGGCUCGGCGAUAACCAAAACGGUGUGCAAGGCGACCACUCAUGAAAUAAUGGGACCAAAAAAGAAACACUUGGAUUACUUAAUUCAGUGCACGAAUGAGAUGAAUGUGAACAUCCCUCAGUUGGCUGACACACUGUUUGAGAGGACCGCCAACACCAGCUGGGUGGUUGUCUUCAAGUCCCUCACCACCACACACCAUCUGAUGGUCUAUGGCAAUGAGAGGUUUAUACAGUAUCUGGCUUCAAGGAACACACUAUUCAACCUCAGCAAUUUUUUGGACAAAAGUGGCUUACAAGGCUACGACAUGUCAACGUUCAUAAGGAGGUAUAGCCGCUACCUGAAUGAGAAGGCGGUGUCCUACAGACAAGUCGCUUUUGACUUUACUAAAGUGAAAAGAGGGUCUGAUGGAUUGAUGAGAACCAUGAACACUGAAAAGCUCCUGAAGACCAUCCCUAUUAUCCAAAAUCAGAUGGAUGUGUUACUUGAUUUCAACGUCAAUGCCAAUGAACUGACAAAUGGUGUUAUCAAUGCAGCCUUCAUGCUUCUGUUCAAAGAUGCCAUCCGGCUGUUUGCAGCCUACAAUGAAGGCAUAAUCAAUCUCCUGGAGAAGUACUUUGACAUGAAGAAAGUGCAGUGCAAGGAUGGACUGGACAUCUACAAGAAAUUCCUUACACGAAUGACAAGGAUAUCGGAGUUCCUCAAAGUCGCAGAGCAAGUGGGGAUCGAUCGAGGUGACAUCCCAGAUCUGUCUCAGUUUACAGUGUGUGCCCCCAGCAGCCUGCUAGACGCCCUGGAACAACACUUGGCCUCUUUAGAGGGAAAGAAAGUCAAAGACUCGACAGCAGCCAGCAGGGCCAGCACCCUCUCCAAUGCAGUAUCUUCUCUGGCCAACACCGGCAUAUCUUUCACCAAAGUGGACGAGAGGGAAAAACAAGCAGCGCUGGAGGAAGAGCAGGCUCGUCUAAAAGCACUCAAGGAGCAGCGUGUUAUGGAGCUCCAGAAGAAUCCUGCUCUAGCGACUACAGACUCCUCCCCAGUCUCCACAGUGGGUGGAACCAUUAACUCAACUCCUGCCAUUGACCUCUUCUCCACACCGAGCUCUACCAACAGUGCAUCCAAAGCAGCCAAUGACCUUUUGGACCUGCAGCCAGCUUUCCAGCAGCCGCUGCCUCUCUCCACUGCCAACUCAUGGGGAGAUCCUUUCACCUAUGCUGCAGAAGCUGUGGAGGAAUCCACUCCAAUCUCAAACCCUUUCAUCACACCACCACCUGUUGUCGAUGCUGUCCAGCUGUCCGUGGCGUCCUCGGACGCUAACGGUCUGUCCUCUAGGACACCGAGCCACGAAGUGUUCGACCAUUGCACUCCUUUUUGUGACUCCAGCUCUUUCCUGGCAUCUGAUCAUGACACUGGUGCACAGAUAGAGACAUUUAUCACAGACUCCUUCUGUGGGCCAAGCCCUUACACCACCCUCUUCCAAUCAGAGCCCCCUGCUGUAGCUGGUCUAUUCAGAGCAGGGUUCACGGCCUCCCCCACGCAGCAGCAGCCACCACAGGACUCUCGGGGCCUUAACGUCGAUUUUGACUCCGUAUUUGGCAACAACACUAAUGCCAACAACCUGGAUUCCACAGAUGUUUUAGGUGGCAUCCUUAAACCUACAGUGGCAUCCUCACCCAAUCAGUGCAUGACCCUGAACGGUCAGCAGGCCAACAGACUUGUGUCCAAUGACCUGGACUCUUCACUGGCCAAUCUGGUCGGCAAUCUGGGAAUUGGCAACGGCACAGCAAAGAAUGAUCUUCACUGGAGUCAGCCGGGUGAGAAGAAGCUGACGGGUGGAAACAACUGGCAGCCCAAGACGGCGCCUUCCACCACCUGGAACCCCGCAACUAUGGCUCCAUCUGUCAUGGCCUUCCCUGCAACCACACCCACAGGCAUGAUGACAUAUGGAAUGCCUCCCCACAUGGGCUCCAUGAUGAUGACUCAGCCCACUGUGAUGUACACUCAGCCUGUGAUGAGGCCACCCAACCCCUUCGGCCCCAAUCCAGGCGCACAGUCACCCACUAUUUCCAGUCCGUCCAGUCUCAGCCCUCUCAGAGCGCCAGGGAAGGAUCCCUUUGCACAUCUCUUUCUACAGAAUUUUUUAUAGAGCGUCUUUAGAUGCAGUUCAUGUAACGUGGCAGAGAGAAGCAGAGAAGGGAGUCUUUCCCGUCUGAAGAGGAUUCACAACGAAGUCGACGAUCAGCGCAAACCCCGCGGUUUGCUUGUCACGAACUUUAACCUCUCAGAGAACGAAAGGCCCUGAAAUUGAGACUUUUUGAAUGAAAUUAACGGUGACUCAGAGCAGCUCUGGCCAUCUCAGUGGACAUUGUGCCCAUCCAGUCAUGUCUAAGUCAUAGCAGCAGCAGCAGAAGAAGAAGAUGAUGACGACAAAGAAGGAGAUUACCUAUGUACAGUUUUCUGCCAUUCACGUCAUGUGGAUGGGGACCAGCCCCCACUGUAUCCUGGCCUAUGAAAGAUUUCUGACAUUAAUGCUUGUGUAUAUGGAGGAAAAAAAGAAGAAAAAAAAAGUGGGUUGUCUCACUCUCACACACACACACACACACACACACACACACACACACACACACACACACCACUUUUGAGUUGUCUUUCGUUAGUGCUCUUCUCUCCAGGUGAGUCCGAGAGAGAGACAGUCACCUCCCGAUCCAUGAUUUCCUUUCUUAAAGUCACCCUCAAAAUCAAAGGCAACGAUUAUAAACUCCAACUUUAUACCACGCAUUUUUGGUUUUUCUUUUUUAUGUUAUUGUUUGCAGUAGACAUUCCUUGUGUAUUGUUUGUAUUUAUUUAUGAUUACCUAUAGAGAGGAUGACAUUAUUAUUAUUAUUAUUAUUAUUAUUAUUAUUAUUACAGAAAAUAAGUAAAUGAAUAAAUAAAAAAAAUGUAAAUGUAACUAGUCACAGACUUCCCCCCUCACGUGGAAGCUCUUCAGGUUUAUUCAUGGGUAUGAUUGAUGGUAGAAUUUGGAUUUUUUUUUGAGUGAUUGAGAAUAUUUUUAAAAGAACAAAAAAAAAGAAGAAGAAAGUUAAUAUAAAGUUUAAAGAGAUGACACGUUUUGCUGCUGGGGCACUAGAUAUUCUCUGUACUCUGCAUGAUGCCUUGUACAGUUGUGCGCGUACGACUUGAAGGAGUCACACCGAGGAUUGUGUAAUUAUUCAGUAUUGCCGUCAAAAUUUGCAUAAAAAAAAUCCAUGAGGUUGUUUUUUUCUAUGAAUUUGGCAAAAACAAAAGAGGCAUUUUUCUUUUCUUUUUUUUCACGUCAGCAAAAUCACUACACUCUCUGACUGAGGCGACGCCCCCGUUUGGAAAAGAAUUGCCAUUUCUGCUUCUCGAUGCUUUGUGGCAUGCCAUUCAUCUAUUCUUCCCAACCUCGAUGUGCACGGUCAUUUUCAUGCUUGGAUCAUGUUUUCGCAGGGUGUUCGGGACACUGGGGGUGGGGGAGGAGGGAGGGAAGGAGGGUUCAUGUGUAAGUAACAGGUGAGGUGUGUGGGCGGAGCCUGUGAGGUCUAGCCGGGGCAGGAGAAUGGAGCACUGUUGAUCGGCGCUUUGUGUACAUAAAACUGAUCCUGCCCGUCACAGGGAAGGGGGGCAGCUGUCGCUGUGAAAGAUGACCUGAACAUGAAAGUGCCCCUUAAUCCAUGAACUGAGCAUAUUUGUUGCAUAGUCCCUUCAGAUUAUAUUUUUUUUGUUUUGAUUUUUUUUUUUUUUCAAUAAAGUGCAAGCUUCCACACUUA